AUGGUGGCAUUCUGGAGGCAGGCCAGCCUGAGCUACAUUCAGCACUCUCGAAUGUGUGCGCAAGCGGUGAAGGCUGCCCUAAAGCCCCAGUACCAAGCAGAGGCAAAGAAAGCGGCAGAUGUAAAUGUUAAAGUCAACAAGCUGAAAGAGACUAAGCAGCUUCCACAGACCUGA